UGGCAUAUCUGCUUUAGAUUAAAAAAACAAAACAAAACAAAAACAUUAAAAUUGCAUUCAGCGUCGUUUUCUCGAAUUCUUGUAAAUUUCAUGUAACAAAGCUUAUUUAAUCAAUUAGGUAUUCAUGAUGGUUAUCAGGCACGGAAGUGAUGUGGAAGAAGAUCUCUCCUCAGACGCUCCGGAUUCGCCACAAGCUAGAAAUCGCCAAACAAAUGAACGAAACGGUGAAGAAUUCGCUCGGUUUCUUUUUGAGCGUGGCACACUCUACUUUAAUUUGAUCUACAUGUACGCCAAUAAUUUAAUCGUCCGAUAUCAUGUAAAGGAAAUAGGUAUUUCAAUUUACGAAGCCCUGAGAAGGCAUCCACUGCUGGCGGUUGGGAUCGCGACUGGAAUGUUCAUCAUCACUCUCCCGUUUAUGUUGUUUGUAUUUUUCACGCUGGCCACCGCUAUCAUGACUUUCACUGGAUUCGUACUGAUCGAAGGAACACUGAUAACAGUCGCCUCGAUGUUGCUGGUUGGCGUGCUGCUCUGCGUGUUCUCUCUACUGGCCUUUAUGGGGUUGGUGUUUUUGGCUGGCUACUUUGGACUAUCGAGAGCGUACGACUGUUUGGAUCGAUGGAAUGGUCUUGGUAAUGAAAGAUAUCGCGUCAGCUCAAAUGAUUAACUGCUGAACGUUCUUUUAAUUCGGUAGCUAAUAUCUACCAGAAGAAUCUUGCUUUUAGCGUUUUGUACUUAAGUUUUUAUUUAUAGGUAUAACAGUGAAGGUAGAAUCUAGCACAGUAAUUUAUUAUAGCAGGGCCAUUUAUGGAUGAUGGGAAAAAUAUUGUUCCUAAACAUUUGAUAAAAAUAUAAAUAAAAUUCCAUUAGUACGUAUGAUAUUGGUUCAUUUGUACCCAGGAUUAUGAUCGAAGAAUUAUCGGCAAUUUAGCUGGAAACGCUUACUCCAACUUUUAGACGUUGAUGGAUUACAUAGGACGUUUGUCCAAUUUUUGUUGAAUUUGUUUUUAAUAUUCUUUGGUUUCAUGGGAUAGUUUAAAGCAUAAUGAACAGAAUGAUAGAGCAGAAAAAGUUGAAUAACUGAAUAAAAAUUCAUUGUAAAAAUCA